AUGGCAUUCCUCCAACCCAAUACUCCUGUCCACAAUAGACUUUGUAAUAUCUGGCAACUUCAUUGUCCUGAGCUGCUCAAACCCAUCUGUAGAGCAGUUCAACGGUGUCUUCCUCGUACAACCACCUGUCCAGUCGUGGAAAUCCCAUGCUUCUUGAUCUCUCGCCUCAAACCCAUGUGCAAACACAGUUUGGUGAUGUGUCCAUGUCACACAGACCAUAAGCUCCACAUACAUUGUAUGAACCGCAUGUAUCAUGUGGUAAAACACGAUCCCUUAGUCGUUUACACAUUUGUUGUGGUUUUGGAACCCACGUAG